GAAUUAUUCGACGACAAGUUCCCACGUGGAUCGUGUUAGGAUUGUUUCUGUUGGCCAGCUUCUGCGACCCAACUCCAAGCGACCCAUCUCAACCCCACCUCUGGAGGCCGUCGUACUUCUUCCAGGAAACUCGUCGGUCAUGUAUUGUAUUGUGGUUGUUCCUCCUAUUUCCUCCUCUUGGUUGCAAUCUGGUUUCAAUAUUCGCAAAAAUGCCCGGGGUAACGGCCGCAAACCUCCCAGGACGAAGAUCGAGAAGAUCGAGAAAAGAGCGGUCGGGCCGCUCCAGACCCUCGGCGCACUUAACCCUAGCUGGGAAUAUCAUGCGGCUGCCGGAGAAAAAAGAGCCGGACAAUACCGGAUUGAGUGACGGGUGUUACGGUCAUCCCGUCGUGAUUCUCUCCCCUGAGGAAUCCGACGGGAAGGUUGUCAUCCUUAUUAUAACAUCCUUCAGAGAAGUGGAUCUUUCUGUGAAGCAUGCGCACAGCCGCACAGUAAGACUGGAGUAUCUUCCCAUCCAUCCGUCCUCGACUCACCCAGACAAUGGCACCCUCCUUUAUCUUCGAGAAGGCCGGUCCCUACCCAAGAAAUCCUACAUCAAUACCAAGGCGCCGUACACCUUACCGUUCUCCAUGCUGGAGAUCUACGUCCGCUGCGGCAAAGAUUUCGGCCUGACGGAGGCGUCGUACCAAGACCUGGCCGAUUACAUCCAACGCACCCACACGAUCUCCCCGACUACAAGUCCGACCUCGGAAAACAGAUUGUCGCGACCACUCCCUUCGACUUCUCGUCCCACCGAAACCGACGGCUUGAUGCACGGCAUCCAGUGGCAUCACGUCAGCGAAUACGCGCGUCGGUCUCGACAAUCUUUCGAGCCGGGGGCCCUCCAGAGCACCUCCUACGGCACCAUCCCCGAUCCGAGCACCUCCGUAUGCCACCAGGCGAGUCUGCCCCGCGGCUCCCAGAGCCUUCCAAUCUGGAACACAGCGCCGUCCCCGAUCUCCAAGCAGUCCAGGGUCAGACCAGUCGUAUCCUUCUUCUGGUCCUACUGGAGUCGCUUUGCGGGCCUCUUGUUUGGCUUGAUUUUGGCUGCGGCCAUCAUUGGCACCGUCUCCUACGGGCUAUACCGAGUUGGGGUACUGGCGGUCGAGGCUGCAAAGGGGGCUGUUGAUGCGGUGAAGGGAACUUGGAAGAGUGCCUGUGAAUGGGCCAGGGGCCAUCUUGGGGUUUUGGCAAUCGCGAGAGGAUACGUGUAAUCAACAACUCCCCUCUCUCCCAUCCCCUGAGCUGGCGAAGAUUGCAUGACCAAGCCAUGGGGGAAGUGGAGAUCACAGAGAGCAGAGCACAGUGGAACUGCGAAGUGGAGGACUGGAGAGUGCCGGUUAAUCAAGCUCUUGUAUUGCCCUGGCCCUGGAUGUUUGAGCCAGAUCAAAUAAUAGUGUGUUGCACUCCUUCUAAUUACAUGUGGUUUUCAUCAAAUAUUCUAGACGUCAGGACAGGCAUCAGGACAGUUAUAUCUGCAACUCAAAGUGUCACGCAAGCAGAGGCUACCUUAGAACCACAGGGAC